UCAAAAUGUUUUGCGAAGGAUUUGGUGAAGGGAAACCCUCCCUUACAGAGUGAAUAGUCUCAGUAAAUGAACAGAUGUCAACAUGAGAGUGCACAGUGAGUCAGUAAUGUCCCUUAACACAGCUCUCAAUGGUCCAUUUGCCUGAGUCCCAGUUAUCUACUUUUCGACCUUGUCAUCAGUCCAUACCAUUGACUCACACUUUGUGGAUGUGUUAACAUGAGUGGGUGUGUCUCUGUGUGUAUGUGAAGAGUGAUUAACUGAGAGAGAGUUGCAGAUUAGUUCUAUAACAUGUUCAGUUUUUGUCCUGUGCCCCAUAGAGUUGUGAUCCUCAGUGAUUUCCUGUAUUGAUUAGUCCUUUUCAUUUGCUUUUUACCUCUCCAUCUGUGCACUGCUACUGAGAUCAGGAUGGAUCAUGAUCGAGGCAUGGGAAACAGUCGUUACCGCUAUGAUGAGGAGGAGGAGGAUCAUCAAUCCAUCUACAUUGGUGUUCCGGUCCCCCGCGGUUACCGUCGCAAACGCAGACGGAGACGGUCGUCCAUCUCGAGUCACGAUGCAGAUGUAGAACGAAGACUUCGGCACGACCAUCACAGACAAGAACACUAUGAUUGUGAUGACAGAGACCGAUACGAUCUAGAGGCUGCAAACCUGGAUAAUCCAGAACUCAGCCUGCCACCAGACAUCAACAGAACCAUGUCCCCUGCAGCAGAACGACUGCGCUACAUUUUAGGGGACGAGGAGGAGGCCAUGCCCACACCCACUCUCUUCACUGAGAUGGACACGUUGCAACACGAGGGAGACGAGCUGGAGUGGAAAGAAUCAGCAAGGUGGGUGAAGUUUGAGGAAAAGGUCGAGGAGGGUGGGGAGAGAUGGAGCAAACCCCACGUUUCCACGCUCUCCCUGCACAGCCUGUUUGAACUACGGACAUGCUUACAGACGGGCACUGUGCUGCUGGACCUGGAGGGAUAUUCACUCCCACAGAUAGUUGAUGACAUCAUCGAACGUCAGAUAGAGGAAGGGUUGAUCAGUCCUGAUCUGAGAGAUAAAAUCAGCUUUGUUUUGUUGAGAAAGCACAGACACCAGACAAAGAAGCCAAUCCAUCGCUCUCUUGCGGAUCUGGGCAAGUCUGGCUCUGGAGGACCCACUCGGAGCCCAGCCCGAACUCCUGCCACUGGAGCAAAUUUUAAUCGCUCUACAGAAGAUCUGCGUAGCAAGCAAGCAAACUAUGGCCGACUACGUCACGCUCAAAGCAGGAGCAUGAAUGACAUUGCAGACUCACCAAGCACAGACCAGCUGAAGAACAAGUUCAUGAAGAAAAUCCCAAGAGAUGCAGAGGCAUCCAAUGUUCUGGUGGGAGAAGUGGACUUCUUAGAUAAACCCUUUGUUGCCUUCGUUCGCCUGUCUCAGGCCACUACUCUUGGGGGUCUGACGGAAGUCCCAGUGCCCACCAGAUUCUUGUUUGUGCUACUUGGGCCUCCUGGUAAAGCCAAAUCUUACAAUGAAAUUGGACGGGCCAUUGCCACUCUCAUGGUGGAUGAUCUCUUCAGUGAUGUAGCAUAUAAAGCCAGGGACAGAGAGGAUCUGAUUGCUGGAAUUGAUGAGUUCCUGGACGAGGUCAUUGUACUUCCACCUGGAGAAUGGGACCCUAAAAUUCGCAUAGAACCCCCCAAAAAAAUUCCCUCAGCAGACAAAAGGAAGUCUGUGUUUUCCCUCAAUGAGCUGGGUCAGAUGAACGGGACAGCAGGCGGUGGAGGGCCUGCUGGUGAGGAUGAGGAAAUGCCUGUUCCACAUGAACUUGGCGAAGAAUUGGCAUUUACGGGGAGGUUCUGUGGUGGCCUUUUCCUUGACAUCAAGAGGAAGCUCCCCUGGUACCCGCGCGACUUUUAUGAAGGCAUCCAUAUUCAGUCCAUCUCUGCGGUGCUCUUCAUCUACCUUGGCUGCAUAACCAAUGCAAUCACCUUUGGGGGCCUUCUAGGGGAUGCCACAGAUAAUUACCAGGGUGUGAUGGAGAGUUUUUUGGGCACCGCUCUAGCUGGAACGGUAUUCUGCAUGUUUAGCGGUCAACCUCUCAUCAUUCUCAGCUCAACAGGCCCCAUCCUCAUCUUUGAGAAACUGCUUUAUGAAUUCAGCAAGAACAAUGGGAUUGAUUACAUGGAGCUUAGGCUGUGGAUCGGAAUGCACUCCUGCGUGCAGUGUUUGCUCCUGGUCGUCACGGAUGCCAGUUACAUCAUAAAGUACAUGACGCGCUUCACGGAGGAAGGCUUCUCUAGCCUCAUCUCCUUCAUCUUCAUCUCUGAUGCCAUCAAAAAGAUGGUGGGAUCCUUUAAAUACUAUCCCAUCAACACUGACUUCAAACCGGACUACGUUACGGCCUACAAGUGCGAAUGUGUGGCGCCAGAUCCGAUGGCACCAAUGAUCUUCGAUGUUGUAGUCCCAGUGCCAGAUAAUUCCUCUGCUCUCUUUGGUUUAAACAUAACAGCUCUGGACUGGACUCAGUUGAGUAAGAAGGAAUGUGUGAAAUAUGGGGGCUCACUGGUAGGAAAAACCUGCAAGUAUGUUCCAGAUCUUGCUCUCAUGUCCUUCAUUUUGUUCUUCGGGACCUACUCUAUGACUGUCACUCUGAAGAAGUUCAAAUUCAGUCGCUACUUUCCCACUAAGCUGAGGAAGUUAAUUAGUGACUUCUCCAUCUUCAUGUCCAUCAUGACAUUUGUGGGGCUGGACAUGCUUAUUGGUUUGAAAACACCCAAACUCAUUGUGCCCACAGAGUUCAAGCCCACACGCCCCGACCGGGGUUGGUUUGUGAUGCCAUUCGGAAAGAACCCAUGGUGGGUUUACCUGGCAAGCUUCGUCCCUGCUCUCCUCGUAACUAUCCUCAUCUUCAUGGAUCAGCAGAUCAGUGCUGUCAUUGUAAACCGCAAGGAAAACAAGUUAAAGAAAGGUUGUGGGUAUCACCUGGAUCUACUGUGGGUUGGCAUUCUGAUGGCAGCCUGCUCUUUUAUGGGCCUGCCGUGGUACGUGGCAGCCACUGUCAUUUCCAUCGCUCACAUUGACUCGCUGAAGAUGGAGAGUGAGUCCAGUGCUCCUGGGGAACAGCCACAGUUCCUGGGUGUGAGAGAACAAAGGCUGACAGGAAUCCUGGUGUUUGUGUUGACAGGGGUGUCUAUCUUCUUAGCGCCAAUCCUGCAAUUCAUUCCUAUGCCAGUCUUGUAUGGAGUGUUCCUCUACAUGGGUGUUGCUUCUCUCAGUGGCAUCCAAUUCUGGGAUAGGAUCAAACUGAUCAUGAUGCCAGCAAAACACCAGCCAGACUUUCCAUACCUGCGUCAUGUACCGCUGAGGAGAGUCCACCUGUUCACACUGGUGCAGAUUGUGUGCUUAGCUGUUCUCUGGGUCCUCAAAUCCACAUUCCUCGCUAUCAUCUUCCCAGUCAUGAUUCUUGGUCUCAUGGUGGUACGAAAGAUGCUGGACAUGGUCUUUUCUCAACACGAUCUGGCAUGGGUGGAUGAUAUCCUACCUGGGAAGGAAAAGAAGAAAAAGGAUGAAGACAAAAAGAACACCAAGAAGGACAAAAAGAAAGGAAAAGCAGGGGAUAUCUGUGAAGAAGACAAGUACCAACCUUAUACAAACUGCUCCCCCAGUGAUUCAGACUUGGAUCGCAGCAUCACUCUGCACCUGAAGAUCUCCUGUCCAUCGUCUCCGUCGAUGCCACUGGCCAGAGGGAUGUCUUGCCCCGUGCCGCAGGUGAAGAUUGAGAUGGAGUCUGACUAUGAAGACCCAGAUAUUAACCCUAGAGGCAGACACAGGGAUCACAGGGACAUGAGCAGCGAAACAACACUAUAAUGUCGAAUCUCCAGUAGUGGAACUGUGAACAGUGUGGAACAUCGGACGCUCCAUCUCAGCUAGUUUGAAGCUCCUGUGUUGCUAAUACAUGUUCAUGUUUGGAUCAGACAACACUUUAUAGCACAACUGUUACAUGGCAUAAGAAGUCAGUGGUUGAAUUAUUUUAAAGGGUAAACAUUGAGCCAGAGUGUAUAAUUUAUGUUACGUAUGCAUCAAAUAUAGAUUUUUGUUUCUUAUUUUAAAACCCAAGGGAAUUAAAACUUUCUGCAAAUUCAGUAAAUUGAACUAAUUGUUACUAAUAUAACGCCAUAGAUAAUGUGAAAACUAGAUCAGCUUUUAUUUUGAAGAUUCCAGUCUCUUUGAUAUGAGGAUUACAGAGAUUUACAAUUAUGAUUUUGUUUUCCCCGGUAACUGUUUAUACCUCUGAGUCUAGUAGUGUUGCCUUUCUCCGAAGUCAUGCUUUUCCUUGCCUUCCCUUUCUUUUCCUGCUUAUAACACUCAAAAAUCAAAGUUGGGGAAAGAAACAACCAAAAAAAAAAAAAAAAAAACUGAUUUUGGCCUUUCAUUUUAUUUACUUGAACGUUUUUAGAAAGCUUGUGUGAGCAGUGUUAGGUGUAAACGGGAUGUUUUGUCUGUAUUUUUAUAUUCUGUGCAUGACUAUGUGAAGCUGGGCAGGUUGCAAAUGAUGGAUAAUGUUUGCUGAUGCUGAUGAGAUUUAACCUCUGGAGGAAAAAAUAACUGUUUUAAGAUGCAAUAAUUCUGUCUCCUGACAACUUGAAUUCUGGUUAAGGUUUAAAAAUGAAGACUAAAAAUAUUUACUGAAAUUAAUGUUUUUGUACAUAUGAGCCAUAUACAUUAGAAUGUGUUGUUUGUUUAUCAUAUUUUAUUGUACAUCAAAAAUCCCUUGUAUAUAUUAAGAGACGGUACUGACUAAAAUACAGUAGCAGGUUUAAAACCACAACAUUUACAAUCAAAUGAAUAUUUAAUCAGGUCAUUUGCAGUCAAAAUUACCACAACAACAUUUACGCCUUUGGUAC